CCCGCCGCCGGCCCAGCGCCUUCACCGGAACGCUGAUGGAUCUACUGAGGAACCCUUUCAAGGGAGUGGUCGCUGAUGUCAAAGGAAGAGCAUCUUGGUACAAGGACGACUGGGUUGCAGGGUUCCGAACAGGCUUCAGGAUAUUGGCACCUACAAUGUAUAUGUUCUUCGCGUCUGCGCUCCCUGUCAUCGCCUUCGGAGAGCAGCUGAGCAACGAAACAAAUGGAAUCCUGAGCACAGUCGAGACAUUGGCAUCCACAGCGAUAUGUGGCGUAAUACAUUCCUUUCUCGGAGGGCAGCCACUGCUUAUCGUUGGAGUGGCAGAGCCUACAAUUAUCAUGUACACGUACCUCUACAACUAUGCCAAGAAGCAGCCGGGUCUGGGGGAACGGCUAUAUUUGGCUUGGGCUGGAUGGGUCUGCAUUUGGACUGCUAUCAUGCUCUUUCUUUUGGCAAUGAUCAAUGCUUCCAAUGUGAUAAGCAGAUUCACAAGGGUUGCAGGAGAGCUUUUUGGGAUGCUCAUCACUGUUCUGUUCCUGCAGCAAGCUAUCAAGGGAAUUGUGAGCGAGUUCAGUAAGCCUUUGGAAUUUGAGAUUGCCGACCGCACUUCACCGAUAUACCAGUUCCAGUGGGUAUAUGUCAAUGGCCUACUUGGUGUUAUCUUUUCAAUUGGCUUGCUAUACACUGCAUUGAAGACUAGGCGGGCAAGGUCAUGGCUGUAUGGCAUAGGAUGGCUUAGAGGCUUCAUUGCCGAUUAUGGUGUUCCUCUUAUGGUAGUAGUGUGGACAGCAUUUUCAUAUGCACUACCAAGCCAUGUCCCUUCAGGAGUGCCUAGGAGGCUCUACAGCCCACUUCCCUGGGAGUCAAUUUCACUAGGACAUUGGACCGUAGCAAAGGAUUUGUUUUCCGUCCCUCCAGCAUAUAUAUUUGCAGCAAUCGUGCCUGCUUUGAUGGUUGCAGGACUUUAUUUCUUUGAUCAUAGUGUAGCUUCACAGUUGGCUCAGCAAAAGGAGUUUAAUUUGAAGAAGCCUUCUGCUUACCAUUAUGACAUUUUGGUACUUGGGUUCAUGGUCCUACUAUGUGGUUUGCUUGGAAUUCCUCCAUCAAAUGGAGUGCUUCCUCAGUCCCCCAUGCAUACAAGAAGCCUUGCUGUACUCAGGGGGCAGUUUCUACGUAAAAAGAUGCUUCAAACUGCCAAAGAGGGGAUGGUGAAAAGUGCUAGCAGUUUGGAAAUAUAUGGCAAGAUGCAGGAAGUUUUCAUCCAAAUGGAUAGCAUACAGAAUGCUGAUUUUGUUGACAAGGACUUGAAGAGUUUGAAGGAUGCGGUGCUGCGUGAAGGUGACGAAGAAGGGAAAUUGGCUGGAGAAUUUGAUCCUAGAAAACAUAUUGAAGCCCAUUUGCCUGUUCGCGUGAAUGAACAGAGACUAAGCAACCUGCUGCAAUCCUUACUGGUUGGUUGCUGUGUUGGAGCCAUGCCAGUUAUCAAGAUGAUACCCACUUCGGUUCUCUGGGGUUACUUCGCCUAUAUGGCCAUCGAUAGCCUACCUGGGAACCAGUUUUGGGAAAGGAUACGGCUUCUGUUCGUUGGAGCAAGCCGACGCUACAAGAUCUUUGAAGGUCCCCACGCAUCUUUUGUGGAGUCUGUGCCUUCAAGAACAAUAUCUGUCUUUACGAUCUUCCAGAUUGUCUAUCUCUUGAUAUGCUUCGGCACAACAUGGAUACCAAUAGCAGGGAUCCUCUUCCCUCUGCCCUUCUUCCUCAUGAUUCUCAUAAGGCAGCACGUUCUACCAAAGUUUUUCGAGCCCAAUGACCUGCGGGAACUGGACGCAGCUGAGUAUGAAGAACUUGAAGGGGUCCACCUCGAACACACACUGGAGGAUGAUUGCUCUAUUCCAGGAAGCUGUGACAACAGAAAUGAUGCUGAGAUAUUGGAUGAGCUCACAACAAACCGUGGAGAGGUGAAGCACAGAGCUGUAACCCAUCGUGAAGAAAAGCACCUUCAGGUCCAUUCAAAUGCUGUUCAACCAAGACUCCGCGCUCCGCACCACGCCGCCGCGCACCGCACGGUUCUCUGCCGCUCGCCGCGAGGGAGGUUGCCUGACAUGGCGGCCCCGUUCAUCUACCGCCCCUCCUCCGCCUCCGCCGGCGGCGACGGCGACGGUGGGCAGGCUCUCUUCAAGGCGGCCACCGACGGCAACCUCGGCCGCCUCAAAGGUAUUGUCAAGAGUCUUACCAAAGAUAAAGGUGACACGUCGGCCAUCUUUUCUUUCAACACGGGUGGACUUUCUGUGUUGCAUAUCGCGGCAUCCUUUGGCCAUCUGGAGGUCUGCAAAUAUUUGGUGGAGGAGCUCAAGGGAGAUGUAAAUGCUCCUGGAUAUGGCCCUGCAGCUCGAGGCAUGAAUGCGUUUAUGGCGUCUGCUCAGUCUGGUGAUGUCCCAAUCGUAAAGUACUUUCUUGAUCGUGGUGGUGAUCUAAUGAAAGUAGAUGACAAAGGACGCACGGUUCUCCACCAUGCCGUGUCUGCAGGAUGUUGUAAGGUAACAGAGUUCCUCCUUUCAAAAGGAGUGCCAGUCGACGUGGACAGUGGCCGUGGAACCCCACUCUUUUUUGCUGCUACAAAUGAGCAGGAUAAGACACUGAAGAUUUUGUUGGACCACCACGCAAAUCCUAACAUCGUUGUCGGCGGUAUGGGAGAUCCCUUGUGUAUGGCUCUUACUUUCCGUUCAUUGAAGUGCAUGAAGCUACUAAUUAAGGCUGGUGCCAAUGUUGAUGGCAAGGGUUGCGCUAUGACUCCUUUGGUGUUUGCUACGGCACGAGGAGGAUAUACCAAGUUCAUUCAUUUUCUACUGAAGGCUGGCGCAGAUCCCAAUAUUCCCGAUGAUUUGGGUAGGUUGCCAGUAGAGAUUGCUGCGUUACGUGAUUGCAGGGAAGAGGUUGAAAUGUUGUUUCCUCUUACUUCCCCACUUCCAAAUGUCCCAAAGUGGACUAUUGAGGGAGUAAUUUCUCACGCGAAAACUGAAGCUAGAAAGCCAAUGGAGCAAAGGGACCGUGAAAGAAGGAAAGAUUUCUUAAAGUCACAGGCUGAUACAGCAUUCAAGCAGAAGGAGUAUAAGAUGGCAUCUGGGUUUUAUGAUUUGGCAAUAGCCCAUGGAGAGAGUGCAACACUGUAUGCAAACAGGAGUCUCUGUAAGCUGCUCAUGGGCAAUGGUGAAGAUGCUUUGUCAGAUGCUCUCAGGUGCAGAAUGCUGCGACCUAAAUGGGGAAAAGCUUGCUACCGACAAGCUGCAGCUCACAUGCUACUUAAGGAGUAUAAACAAGCCUGUGAUGCUCUCUUGGAUGCGCAAAAAUUAGAUCCUGGGAAUGUCGAGAUUGAGAAUGAACUACGGAAGGCAAGGGAACUCAUGAAGAAUCCUUCUGGCGGUCGUGAGCAGUGAGGUGCGGCCCUGCGCAUUGGACUGCAGGCUGCAACAUGUGGCAGCUUUCACUAGAGUAGAGCUAGCAGGAACUCAUAGUCCCUAUGUUUUUUGUUAGGAACCAAAAACUCCGAAACUUGAUGCGAACCUUGCGUCUGCAGACUGUUGAGACGACUUUGUAUGAGAUUUUGUUAUCUG